CUUUAUUAAGAAGAUGAUAUUGAUUCAAAACAUAGUAGACAGAGCCGGAUUCAUGAUCAUCGCAUCUUGAUUUUACAGCAGUCACAAUUUUUCAGAAAAGUUAACCCAGUUUGAGUCAACAAAUUCGGGAUCAAAGCAGUUUCUCUCCCUCGCUUGAAAUGUCUCAGAAGAUUGCUAUCCUCUCCGUUUACGACAAGACUGGUCUUGUUGACUUUGCCAAGAACCUUCACAACUUGAACGUUCGUUUGCUUGGUUCUGGUGGUACUGCUAAGCUUGUCCGCGAAGCAGGUAUUCCUAUCGGUGAUGUGUCAGAAAUCACCAAGGCUCCUGAAAUGCUUGGUGGACGUGUCAAGACAUUGCACCCUGCCGUUCAUGGAGGCAUUCUUGCUCGCAACAUUGACAGCGACGAGAAGGAUCUUGCUGACCAGCACAUUGACAAGAUUGAUAUUGUCGUCUGCAACUUGUAUCCUUUCAAGGAGACUGUCGCCAAGGAAGAUGUUACCAUCCCUCAAGCUGUCGAAGAGAUCGAUAUUGGUGGUGUUACCCUCUUGCGUGCUGCUGCCAAGAACCAUAGCCGCGUCACUAUCAUCUCAGACCCCAAGGAUUAUGCUACCGUCAUUUCUGAGCUUACCAAUGGUGAGGUCUCCCAGGAUACCCGUAAUGUGCUCGCUUUGAAGGCUUUCAACCACACCUCCGAUUAUGACGAAGCUAUUUCCAACUACUUCCGUCAGCAAUACAGCAAGGAUGUUGCUAUGAUGCCUCUCCGAUAUGGUGCCAACCCUCACCAGAAGCCUGCUCAAGUGUACGUCAAGGAAGGCGAACUUCCUAUCAAGGUCCUCAGCGGAUCCCCCGGUUAUAUCAACCUUCUUGAUGCCCUCAACUCUUGGCCUUUGGUCAAGGAGCUCAAGCAAGCCACUGGACUCGCUGCUGCUGCUUCAUUCAAGCACGUCUCCCCUGCUGGUGCUGCUGUCGCUACUCCUUUGACUGACGUCGAGAAGCAAGUUUUCCAAGUUGAAGAUUUGAAGGAGCUUACCCCACUUGCCACUGCCUACGCUCGUGCUCGUGGUGCUGACCGUAUGUCUUCUUUCGGUGACUGGAUUGCUCUAUCUGACAAGGUUGAUGUUGCCACUGCCAAGAUCAUUUCCCGUGAAGUGUCUGAUGGUGUCAUUGCCCCCGCUUAUGAUGAUGCUGCUCUUGAGAUUCUUCGCAAGAAGAAGGCUGGCAAGUACUGCGUUCUCCAAAUGGACCCCAACUACGAGCCUGCUGAAUUGGAGACUCGUCAAGUUUAUGGUCUCUCUCUGCAACAGAAGCGCAACAACGUCCAAAUUGAUGAAUCUUUGUUCACCAACUUGGUCACUAAGGAUAAGAACAUGCCCAAGGAGGCUCUUACCGAUUUGAUUGUCGCCACCAUCGCUCUCAAGUACACUCAAUCCAACUCUGUAUGCUAUGCUAAGAAUGGUAUGGUCGCUGGUCUUGGUGCUGGUCAACAAUCUCGCAUCCACUGCACUCGUCUUGCUGGCGAUAAGGCCGAUAACUUGUGGUUGAGACACCACCCCAAGGUUCUUGCCUUUGACUUUAAGAAGUCUGUCAAGCGUGCCGACAAGUCCAACGCCAUUGACUUGUAUGUUAUUGAGCAAAUCGGUGAAGGGGCUGAACGUGAGGCUUGGGAGAGCUUUUUCAACACUAUUCCCGAACCUUUGACUGCUGCUGAGCGCAAGGAAUGGAUGGCCAAGCAAGACAACGUUGUUGUUUCUUCCGACGCCUUCUUCCCCUUCAGCGACAACAUCCACCGUGCUCGUCGAUCCGGUGUCAAGUACGUCGCUGCCCCCAACGGAUCCGUCAUGGAUCAAGUUGUCAUCGAUGCUGCUGAUUCCCACAACAUGGUAUUCGCUCACACCAACCUUCGUCUCUUCCAUCAUUAAGAAAUACACUAUGUGUCAAGUCUUGAAGCUGUAUACAGACAUUUUUUUUGUACCAUAGAAAAAUAAAAAAACAUAGUACAGCUGUCUCGCAUUCCAAUUUCAGAC